AUGAAGUUUACCAAGGUAUUCCAACAGAGAAGAGAUGGGUCCGUUGAUUUUGACAGGGUCUGGUUGCACUAUGAAAAUGGCUUUGGCGACCCGUACACAGAAUACUGGAUAGGAAACGAGGCAUUGCACCAUUUGACACUUUCUGGUGGAAAUGAAUUGCUUAUUUUGAUGCAGACAUGGGAUGGUGUUUGGAAGCAUGCAUAUUAUAUCGGCUUUUACAUCGGUCAUAAGAAUGACAAUUAUAGGCUUUACUUAUCGGAAUAUAGUGGCACAGCAGGUGACAGUCUGCUUAGGCUUGGUCAGGCGGGACAACAGUUUAGUACAAAAGAUGUCGAUAAUGACGCCUGGAACUCUAGGUGUAAUCCUACCUACCACAAGGGAGGCUUUUGGUUUAAAAACUGCUGCAGUGCCGAUUUGAAUGGAUUGUCUGUGGCAUUUAAUGGAAACGACCGCAGAUGUCAAGCUUUCAACAAAGAUUUUACCUAUCAAGUUGUUACAGGAACAUCUGAAAGUGGAUGGAGUCAUUAUGAAGUUUACCAAGGAAAUAUAUGCACGACACGAAUUAUAGCUUCCACAGCCAGAGAUUGUUCUGAGGUUCAAUCUCAAGGUUACAAUUGUAGUGGUGUGUAUACUAUAUCCCUUUCAAACGACAUUAAGAAAGAUGUUUGGUGUGACUUAUACACGCAAGGAGGUCGAUGGACAGUAUUCCAACAAAGAAGAGAUGGUUCCGUUGAUUUUGAUAGAAGCUGGUUGCACUAUGAAAAUGGCUUUGGUGACCCUAACACAGAAUACUGGAUAGGAAAUGAGGCUUUGUACCAUUUGACACUUGCUGGUGGAAAUGAAUUGCUUAUUUUAAUGCAGACAUGGGAUGGUGUAUGGAAGUAUGCACAUUAUACCGACUUUUAUAUCGGCCCCAAGAACGACAAUUAUACACUUUACUUAUCGGAAUAUAGUGGCACAGCAGGUGACAGUCUGCUGAUAUCUGGCCAGGCGGGACAACAAUUCAGUACAAAAGAUGUCGAUAAUGACGCCUGGGGCUCUACGUGCAAUCCUACCUACCAUAAGGGAGGGUUUUGGUUUGAAUACUGCUGCUUGGCUGACUUGAAUGGAUUUUAUUACAGUUCUGGGGUUGAUGCUGUUGGUUCAUGCCACUGGAGAAAUAUAUGCAAGACAGGAAUUAUAGCUACCACAGCCAGAGAUUGCUCUGAAGUACAAUCUCAAGGUCAUAAUUGUAGUGGUGUGUAUACUAUCUCCCCCUCCAUCGACAUUAAGAAAGAUGUUUGGUGUGAUCUAUAUACAUAUGGAGGUCGAUGGACAGUAUUCCAACAAAGAAGAGAUGGUUCCGUUGAUUUUGAUAGAAGCUGGUUGCACUACGAAAAUGGCUUUGGUGACCCUAACACAGAAUACUGGAUAGGAAAUGAGGCUUUGCACCAUUUGACACUUGCUGGUGGAAAUGAAUUGCUUAUUUUGAUGCAGACAUGGGAUGGUGUAUGGAAGUAUGCACAUUAUACCGACUUUUAUAUCGGCCCUAAGAACGACAAUUAUACGCUUUACUUAUCGGAAUACAGUGGCACAGCAGGUGACAGUCUGCUCAGUAAUGGCCAGGCGGAACAGCAAUUUAGUACAAAAGAUGUCGAUAAUGACUUCUGGAGCUCUAGGUGUAAUCCUACCUACCAUAAGGGAGGCUUUUGGUUUAAAUAUUGCUGCAGUGCUGAUUUGAAUGGACUUUAUUACAGUUCUGGGGUUGUUGCAUCAGAUUCAUGCCACUGGAUAACAUUUAAAGGUCGUCGAGAGUCUUUGAAAACCAUCUAUAUGAUGUUUCGAUAAUCAUGUUAGUACGGCUACUGCAAUACGGACUCACAGUGCAGAAACAAGGAGAG